ACCAAAUGUGGAAUUGAUGCAAAAUUGAGGGACGAACUCUGUAAUUUUCCCAUUUAUUUUAGAGAAUCAAAAGCUAAGAAAGUUUGCAAACGCGCCUGAAGGAAAGCACGCAAGAAACAUUGCAACAUUCCACUGAAAGUCCGACUUGGAAAACUAAGCUGAAGCACAUCGUCCGCCGCAAGCACCGUCCUCCGCCGUCCGCCGUCAUCAAAUCGUCGUCCGGCUAAAACAAGAGCUACUGUAGUUUCUAUGGUCUGAGGAAAAAAUGACGAUCGUUCAUAUGGCAGCAGUUCAGCCGCCCAAGAAGGUCGAUAAGCAAUCAGCAUCGUCCACCGCCAGCUGGCAGUCUUCGGCUCCAAAGUUCAAACGUUGGGGCAGAAGAUCUCCGUUUAUUAGAUACGGUCUUCCGAUGAUUUCACUCACUGUGUUUGGAGCUCUAGGACUUGGCCAUCUACUUCAAGGAAGCAAGGAUAUUGCAAAAGUGAAGGAUGAUCAAGAAUGGGAGAUUAUCGAGACAAGAAAAGCACUGUCCAGAACAGGACCCGUGGAUGCCUACAAACCGAAAAAUAUUUCUCUCGAGGAAGAGCUCAAGGCUCUGCAGCAAAAAGUCGACAUAGAAAAUUACGAAUACAAGAAGAUUCCCAAGCUGAAUGAAGGCAAAUGAAGCUAAGAUUUAUCUCUCUUCCUCGUUUUUUUCUGGCAUAUAGAGAGAAUAAGCUCAACUCAUAUGCAUUGCUUGCAUUCGUUUUCGUUAGUAGCUUGAAACAUUAGUUAUUAAAUUUUGACUGCCGUAACAAGAAAUUGAAGACACAUUUGGUCAACUUGUACUUGUUUUCACUCGAACAAAAUUACGAAGAACUCGUAAUAACAGUAGGAGUGUAGAGUCGAGCUCGCUCGAUGCUGUUUAUUUCAGAGCUCAUUCUCACCAGUGAACCCUCGUGUGCUUUUAGACACCUAAGCUAGUUUCAUUUUAAUAAUGAAAAAUAGGGUAAAUUCCACUU